AUGAAGAUGGACAUUGAGUCUCUGGUUCCACUGAUUCAGCAGUUGAAUAAUAUACAGGAUCCUAUCUUGCACUGCAUAUGCUGCCAGGACAUUGGGACAUACAUUUGGAAGUGCACCAAUCCAGAUUGUGGAAUAUUAGCUUGCAUUGAUAUGACCCCAGAUGAGCUUACCCUGGUGAGCAUGUGGAAAGCCACUCCUGACACACAUUCUGACACCGCCACAGGGAACCUUGUGGUAUCUGUAAAUGCUGCUAAUUCAAAUUCAAUUCUGGUGCAUGAAUUGCUACAUAACUAUCUGGGCAAUAAUCUCUGGGUCACCUCACAACACAUUGGGAAAAUCAAUACCACCUUGACUGUGGGACCAUUCAUUUGUGGGAUUGUCAUUUCCUCCUGUGGUUCAACUGGGAGAGUCAGCAAGAGCAUCAAACACCUGAAAUGUUUGGUAGAAAUGAAUAUCUUUGAUUUUGUUUUCUGCUUUGCAGGAGUAAUGACCAUCAAUGCUCUUAUCAUCUCCACACUCAAUUGCUUCAUUGAAAAUGUGUUCAUGUAUGACAUGGGUAUUUGGGCUGUGUUGCAAGCAUUAUUUGGCCAAGACAAACAUGCCCUGAACAAUACUCUUGUCAUGCUGUUGUACACAGAAUAUUGGGCUGUGAAGGGCAAACCCAAUACUAGGGAGCAUAUCAUCAAAACCUGA